AGGGGGCUGCCAGGGGCGUCGUGUUACAUCCCCGCCUUCCUCUGCUCCGGCCGUGGGACUGGGUUUGCGGGAGCGCAGUUCGGGAACAUGUUGGCCGCGAGUAGCCGGAGCCGGGCUGCGUGGACGCGGGCGCUGCUGCUGCCGCUGCUGCUGGCGGGGCCCGGGGGCUGCCUGAGCCGCCAGGAGCUCUUUCCCUUCGGCCCGGCACACGGGGACCUGGAGCUGGAGGACGGGGACGACCUGGUCUCCCCGGCCCUGGAGCUGAGUGGGGUGCUCCGCUUCUACGACAGAUCCGACAUCGGCUCUGUCUACGUCACCACAAAUGGUAUCAUUGCCACGAGUGAACCCCCGGCCGAAGAAUCCCACCCUGGGCUCUUCCCACCAACAUUCGGUGCAGUCGCCCCUUUCCUGGCGGACUUGGACACGACGGAUGGCCUGGGGAAGGUUUAUUAUCGAGAAGACUUUUCCCCCUCCGUUACUCAGCGGGCAGCAGAGUGUGUCCAGAGAGGGUUCCCGGAGAUCUCCUUCCAGCCUAGUACUGUAGUGGUUGUCACUUGGGAAUCCGUGGCCCCCUACCAAGGACCCAGCCGGGACCCGGACCAGGAAGGCAAGAGAAACACGUUCCAGGCCGUUCUAGCCUCUUCUGAUUCCAGCUCCUACGCCAUUUUCCUUUAUCCCGAAGAUGGUCUGCAGUUCCAUACUACAUUCUCAAAGAAGGAAAACAACCAAGUCCCUGCUGUGCUUGCAUUCAGUCAAGGUUCAGUGGGAUACUUGUGGAAGAGCAAUGGAGCUUAUAAUAUAUUUGCUAAUGACAGAGAAUCCAUUGAAAAUUUGGCCAAGAGUAGCAACUCUGGGCAGCAGGGUGUCUGGGUGUUUGAGAUCGGGAGUCCAGCCACCACCAGUGGCGUGGUGCCCGCGGACGUGAUACUCGGAACCGAAGAUGGGGCGGAGUAUGAUGAUGAGGAUGAAGAUUAUGUCCUGAUGACCACUCGUUCAGGCCUGGAGGAUGUGGGCACCACGCCCUUCCCCUACAAGGCUCUGAGAAAGGGAGGUGCUGACACAUACAGUGUGCCCAGCAUUCUCUCCCCGCGCUGGGCAGCUACUGAAAAGCCCCUUGGACCUCCCACGGAGAGGACCAGGUCUUUCCAGUUGGCAGUGGAGACUUUUCACCAGCAGCACCCGCAGGUCCUAGAUGUGGAUGAAGUUGAGGAAACAGGAGUUGUUUUUAGCUAUAACACGGAUUCCCGCCAGACAUGCGCCAACAACAGACACCAGUGCUCGGUGCACGCAGAGUGCAGGGACUACGCCACGGGCUUCUGCUGCAGCUGUGUCGCUGGCUAUAUGGGCAAUGGAAGGCAAUGUGUUGCGGAAGGUUCCCCCCAGCGAGUCAAUGGCAAGGUGAAAGGAAGGAUCUUUGUGGGGAACAGCCAGGUCCCCAUUGUCUUUGAGAACACUGACCUCCACUCUUACGUAGUAAUGAACCACGGGCGCUCCUACACGGCCAUCAGUACCAUUCCCGAGACCCUUGGAUAUUCUCUGCUUCCGCUGGCCCCAGUUGGAGGCAUCAUUGGAUGGAUGUUUGCAGUGGAGCAAGAUGGAUUCAAGAAUGGGUUCAGCAUCACUGGGGGCGAGUUCACUCGCCAGGCUGAGGUGACCUUCAUGGAGCACCCGGGCAAGCUGGUCAUUAAGCAGCGGUUCAGCGGCAUUGAUGAGCAUGGACACCUGACCAUUGACACGGAGCUGGAGGGCCGCGUGCCGCAGAUUCCCUUCGGCUCCUCCGUGCACAUUGAGCCCUACACGGAGCUGUACCACUACUCCAGCUCAGUGAUCACUUCCUCCUCCACCCGGGAGUACACGGUGACUGAGCCCGAGCGCGAUGGGGCAGCUCCUUCACGCAUCUACACUUACCAGUGGCGCCAGACCAUCACCUUCCAGGAAUGUGUCCACGAUGACUCCCGGCGGGCCUUGCCCAGCACCCAGCAGCUCUCCGUGGACAGCGUGUUUGUCCUGUACAACCAGGAGGAGAGGAUCUUGCGCUAUGCUCUCAGCAACUCCAUCGGGCCUGUGAGGGAAGGCUCCCCCGAUGCUCUUCAGAAUCCCUGCUACAUCGGCACUCAUGGGUGUGACACCAACGCAGCGUGUCGCCCUGGCUCCAGGACACAGUUCACCUGUGAGUGCUCUAUCGGCUUCCGAGGAGACGGGCGGACCUGCUAUGAUAUUGACGAAUGUUCAGAACAACCCUCAGUGUGUGGGAGCCACGCCAUCUGCAAUAAUCACCCAGGGACCUUCCGCUGCGAGUGUGUGGAGGGCUACCAGUUUUCAGACGAGGGAAAGUGUGUGGCUGUCGUGGACCAGCGCCCCAUCAACUACUGUGCAACUGGCCUACAUGACUGCGACAUACCCCAGCGGGCCCGGUGUGUCUACACAGGAGGCUCCUCCUACACCUGUUCCUGUUUGCCAGGCUUUUCUGGGGAUGGCCGAGCCUGCCAAGAUGUGGAUGAAUGCCAGCCAAGCCGAUGUCACCCGGACGCCUUCUGCUACAACACCCCAGGCUCCUUCACAUGCCAGUGCAAACCCGGUUAUCAGGGAGAUGGCUUCCGUUGCGUGCCCGGAGAGGUGGAGAAGACCCGGUGCCAGCAUGAGCGAGAACACAUUCUCGGCGCAGCGGGGGCGGCCGACCCACAGCGACCCAUUCCUCUGGGACUGUUCGUUCCUGAGUGCGAUGAGCACGGGCACUACGCACCCACCCAGUGCCACGGCAGCACCGGCUACUGCUGGUGUGUGGAUCGCGACGGCCGCGAGGUGGAGGGCACCAGGACCAGGCCCGGGAUGACGCCCCCGUGUCUGAGUACAGUGGCUCCCCCGAUUCACCAAGGGCCCGCAGUGCCGACUGCCGUGAUCCCCUUGCCCCCCGGCACACAUUUACUCUUUGCCCAGACUGGGAAGAUUGAGCGCCUACCCCUGGAGGGAAAUACCAUGAGGAAGACAGAGGCGAAGGCGCUCCUUCAUGUCCCGGCUAAAGUCAUCAUUGGCCUGGCCUUUGACUGUGUAGACAGGAUGGUUUACUGGACGGACAUCAGUGAGCCUUCCAUCGGGAGAGCUAGUCUACAUGGCGGAGAGCCAACCAUCAUCAUUAGACAAGAUCUUGGAAGUCCGGAAGGCAUUGCGCUUGAUCACCUUGGCCGCAACAUCUUCUGGACAGACUCUAACCUGGAUCGAAUAGAAGUGGCGAAGCUGGAUGGCACGCAGCGCCGGGUGCUCUUUGAGACCGACCUGGUGAAUCCCAGAGGCAUUGUAACGGAUUCCGUGAGAGGGUAUCUUAUGAAUGACUUGUUUCCAUUCCACACAGGCACCAAUCGGGCAGAAUGCCUGAACCCCAUUCAGCCCAGCAGACGCAGGGUUCUCGAAGGGCUCCACUAUCCUUUCGCUGUGACAAGCUUCGGGAAGAAUCUGUAUUACACAGACUGGAAGAUGAAUUCCGUGGUUGCUCUUGAUCUUGCAAUUUCCAAGGAGAUGGAUGCUUUCCAUCCCCACAAGCAGACCCGGCUGUAUGGCAUCACCACGGCCCUGUCCCAGUGUCCCCAAGGCCAUAACUACUGCUCAGUGAACAAUGGCGGCUGCACCCACCUCUGCUUGGCCACACCAGGGAGUAGGACGUGCCGUUGCCCCGACAACACCCUGGGAGUUGACUGUAUCGAGCGGAAAUGAAGACAAGAGUGCCUUAUUUCCUUUCCGAAUAUUUCACAGCGACACGCUACUUGAAGCAACUUGGUCCAGAUUGAAAAGUGUCCUUUGGCUGAGUGGCCACUAGGCCCAGACCCAGCCUAGCCUGAGCCCCAACAACUUUUCCCUCACUGUUCCCCAAAACAUGCACCCUGGGAUUCUCUAAUGGAAAAGUCUCUACCCCUAUGCAAGGACAGAACCCUCCACCCUUACCCCAACCCUCAGAAAGACUUAUACACCACUGAGUGAGGAUUAUAUGCCCAUCCCAAUGUCCUAGGACCUUUUCCCAAUCCUAGCCCCCUAGUGGUGAGCAGAACCUCCCAAGUUUGAGUUGUAUCCUUCCCUGUGGCCUUAUGAGCUCAGUCUUACUUUGAGGCACCCACCAUCCUGUCAGCUCUUUGACAUAAGAGCCAAGGCUUGACUAGGAAAGGUUGGGAGUUGAGGGAAUUAGCAUUCCUUAAUUUUUUGUUUUGGUUUCUCUGAAUUUCCUCUUUAUACUCCUGUAGUUUUACUCCUCAGUUCCUCUCAAUCGUCAUCUUGUCUAAGACUCCCAUUAUAAUGUGCAUGCUCUGCUUUUUGAUCAAAACCUACCCUGUCCUAGAGAUAUAUGGGUAUUUGGUGGAUGAUAAUGAGCAGCCCCUCCCAGAUAGAAUGCCAAUAUUUGAGAGUAGGAUAUUGGCAUUUGUUAAAGGAUUAAGUCAAAAGAAUGUCUGAUGGUAGGAAUUUCAAGGUGUAGGUCAGCUAUUUCAGAAUAGGGGAUUGUUUUGAUGUGCCUUAAAUUAUAUAAAAGAGUGCUAAUUAUUCCUCUUUGCCCAAAAUACUUGCAUCCAAGCUUCUACUCUCUGUUGCUGUGCUUGUCUUCAGCCCCAUUGCUGGCACCAAUGUCCCUCCUUUUCAUGGAGACCUAUCUGAGGCACAGGAUGGGGCUGGCACCAGAUGAUGUCCCACCACAGACCCUCACCUCUGGCCUCCACAUUAGAGAACCAAUUUACACUCAACCAUGACCUCAUCCCUCCUUGGUUUCUCCCUGAAUCUGUGGCUCUUGUUGGACGUAUUGUCAUCUAACAACACAAUCCAGAAAGACUGAAUUGAAUAUUUAUACUGAUGGUCCUUAACCUUUAUUACUCAAUGAUCUAAUUAAAGAGAUCAUUGCCACAUUUCAUGUUUAUAUUUCUACAAUCUGUUUAGAAAACAUCUCCUGACCAUAUCCGUAAGUGGUGUCACCUUUUUAUCAACUGCUUCCCAGAGUCCUAAAACAACAGACAUUUUUUUAUUGAAAAGUUCAGCAUAAGGACUUUGAGUCAGUAAAGAAUGGGCUAAAGGAGAGAAGAUUCAAUGAAAAGUAUCAUAAAAAAGAGAUUGAUCAAGAAGAGAAAUUUUAAAACCCAAGAGAAACUGGUAGGGGAGGGGAUUUAAGAAUAGCAAUCGGAAAAACUCUUAAGUCACUCCAAAAAGAAAAUGGUAUAUUUUGCCAAAGACCACCUUAUACUUGAGAACAUGGAAAAACUUGCCUGAUACUGUCUUUGGGGAAGAGAGUGUCUCCUCUUUUCCUCAAACCCCAGUUGACUCAGCCUCUCUGCCCCAUCUUCUCUGACUUUGUCCUCACUUCCUUCUGCAGUACAUUGGAACCUGAAUUGAGAGUCUUUCCUUUAAUAAUUGAAGUUUGUCUUGAGAGGCAAAUAUAGCCCCAAGAAUCACAAGAUUUUAGGACCAUGUAGGUCUUUUACAUAGCCAAACUCCAUAAAUUAGUCUCACUUUCUUUCGUAUUCAUCGUUUCAUAUUAAACCCUCUAUAUCAAAUGUUCAUCAUGAUUUUAUAUGAUUUUUAUAACUAUUUUAUUCAUUUUAUUAGAUUUAUUCUACAAUUUUUUAAUGGUAAAUUCUUAAACUGUGGAAACCAUUGAAGGUGCUUAUUAAUUGUUCCCCCAGAUUUGUAUAAGUAUUGGAUGAUUCCUUGAGUUUACAGCUGUACAAAUAUUAGUGUGGAAAAUAAAUUUUUUUU